AGUGGCCGGAUGGUGAUAGGGGGAGUGUGUCGUCUGCCGUGGCUGCCUCAGAGGAACAGAAAACCUUACUUAGUAGGCGUGGAGGCGACUUUACCGGGUGUUACAGUGUAUCUCUCUUACGUGGUCGUUAAGUGUCACUUCAGCAUCUGAUAUAAGGAGUGAGCGAGGAUGACGACGGCCGGGGGUCUGGUGGUGAGCUGGGUGGGGCCGGGCACGUCACCGGUAGACUGGUGUGAGGGUAACUACACCGUGACGCCACACAUCGCUGAGUUCGUCAACACCAUCACCAACAUCGUGUUCCUGGUGGGUCCUGCCGCCUGCACUAAGCUGUGGGCCAGCUACGCCCGCCACGUUUCUCGAGGCAUACAUGUGGUGUGGGUCUUCUUUGUGGUGAUUGGCCUCUCAUCUGCUUACUUCCAUGCCACACUCUCUCUCCUCGGCCAACUCCUCGACGAGCUCUCCAUCUUGUGGGUCCUCAUGGUCUCCUACACACUCUUCACACCUUUGCGUUAUCGCCCCAAGUUCUUGCGAUCUAACCAGCAACUGUACGCCGCCUUCAUGACCUUCCUGGCGGUGUUCAUCACAGCGUCGGCCUUUGUACAGCCGGCCAUCAACGCCUACGCACUGUUCGUGGUGGGUCUGCCAGCGGUGACCAUGUUGGUGCUGGAGAUACGGAAGAGCAGGGACCCCAACGUGGUGCGCCUGGGUACCAUCACCCUAGCGUCCCUCGUGCUGGCCGCCACCGCCUGGGUGUGUGACCGCUUCUUGUGUGCCAUGUGGCUGGCCCUGGACAUGACGGUGCUGCAUGGCCUGUGGCACAUCCUCAUCUUCAUUACGGCCUACUCCAUGCAGGUCCUCUUCUGUUACUUCCACGCCACACAGGACGUGCCGGAGUCUCGACCUGUACUGAGGUACUGGCCCAGACGGUCUUGGGGUCUGCCUUACGUCUACUGCCUCUUGGCCCAACACGACAAGACGCCCUGACCUGCGUCCACCACCCCCUACCACACACACUCACCCCAGGCACGUCUCACACUAGUCACAACCGCCAUGUAACACCUGGUGUGUCUUACACUAGUCAACAGCACCACACAACACCUAGUGCAUGCAUCUCACAGCAUUAGUGAACUGGCUUACAUGUUGACGCAUUCCUUACAACUCUGUGUUGUAGUCCAUGGCCUUGGUACUGUAGUGAUGUGA